UGCGCAGUGCUCUCGUCGGUUUUUCAUUGCAAGGAAAAUGACGAAGCGACUGGAGCAGCGCUACUGCAUCAAAUCUUGCCAGAAACUGGGCGACAGCCAAGUGGAAACCAUUGGGAAGAUCAAGACGGCUUUCGGUGACGACGCUAUGAGCCGCACACAGAUUAAGAAGUGGUACAACCGGUUUAAAGACGGCCGCACAUCGGUGGAGAGCGAGCCACGCUCCGGUCGGCUAUCAACAUGCCGAAAUGACCAGGUCAUCGCCGAAGUGAACGGUGUGGUGAUGCGGGACCGUCAUGUGACUAUCCGGGAAAUUGCGGAAGAAGUGGGCAUCAGCACUUUCUCUGCACAUUCGAUUAUGACCGAAGAUUUGGCCAUGAAGAGAGCUGCGGCGAAAUUCGUGCCGAAACUGCUCACGGUGGAGCAAAAGCAACUUCGUGUUGAAGUCUCACAGGACAUGCUGGAUUUCACAAGCAGUGACCCUAACUUCAUGAACACCAUUAUCACUGGUGACGAGUCUUGGGUGUACGGGUACGACCCGGAAACCAAAUGCCAGUCGUCACAGUGGAAGCAUUCCACGUUACCAAAACCAAAGAAGGCCCGCCAAGUGCGCAUCAACGUCAAAGUGAUGCUGAGUGCUUUCUUUGACUCCCGUGGUGUGGCACACCACGAGUACGCACCACAGGGUCAAACAAUCACCAAAGAGUGCUACAGGGAUGUCCUCCGUCGCAUACGUGAUGCUGUGCGGCGCAAGAGACCUCAGUUGUGGUCAACAGGAAACUGGCCCCCCUGCGACUUCUGGCUGUUUCCCAAACUCGAGAGGACAUUCAAAGGAGAGCGAUUUCAGAUAAGGGAGGACAUUAUGGCUGCAACGACAGCUGAGCUAAACUCCAUUCCGAAAGAGGCCUUCUCAGAAUGCUUCCAACAAUGGGAACACCGCUGGGAGAAGUGCGUGGAGUCCCAAGGGGAUUACUUUGAGGGGGAUUAG